AUAGAAAUCAAAUUUUCAAUUUUAUCAUCUGAAAAUGGAAAACCUUAUAUUGGACGUGUAACACAACAAUUGGCUUGUAAUCAUUUGAACGAUAAUAUUGAUAUUAAUUUAGUAAAUCAAUAUAUGCAUAUAGACACUAUUUCUGAUCCAGAUCUCAUGAUUAUAUUUGAUGGUUUACCACAUAAUUACAUUUCCUUAGAUGAUUAUCCUCCUUGGCAUAUUAGAUUAACAGAAAUGAUGAAUUGCUUUAAUUGUCAUUAUUUAGAUUAUAACUUAUUUUCUAAAUGUUUAUAUAAAUUUUCAAAAGUAGAACAACGAUUGGGUCGAUAA